AUACCCUUCAAGUUAAUCCUUUGCAGUGAAAAAGAAAGGGAAAAGGGUCAAACAUUUUUCCACAAAUAAAAGUGUAUAUUCUAAAGAUUAAACACACUAUCAUGUCUUCCAAAGAUCGAAAGAAAGCACCAGUAUAUCGGAAACUACAAAGGCUACGCUCUGUCAUCAACUCUACUUCUGUAAAUAGAACUUCAAUCAUUGUGGACGCAUCGAGAUAUAUAGAAGAGUUGAAAGAAAAGGUGGAAAUGCUGAACCAAGAGAUUGGAACUUCACAAAUGUCAACUUCUCAGAGUCCUUUGCCAACGCAAGUUAAUGUGGAAACCCUAGAGAAAGGAUUCCUUAUUAAUGUGUUUCUGGAAAAGAAUUGCCCUGGUUUGCUCGUUUCCAUAUUGGAAACCUUUGAAGAGCUUGGCCUUGACGUGUUGGACGCUAGGGUUUCUUGCGAAGACAAUUUCCAACUGGAAGCCAUGGGAGGAGAAAAUCAGAGUAAUGCUGAAGGCAUGGAUGCUCAGAUGGUGAAACAAGCAGUGAUGCAGGCUAUCAGUAAAUGGAGUGAAAAUAUAUAACCACCAUGUUUAGGAUUCCUCAGUUUUCGUUUUUUAAAAUAACAUAUGUUUUCUUAAUUGUUAAUUUCUAUCCAUUUCAAUGUAAAGUCUUUAUC